GCCAGUGCUUGGUUCAUAGAAAGAAGCAAGUACGCCAAGUACUCGUUUCCUUUGUCUGAAUAACUCAACUUUUGAACAGAGGCAUAAUUCUGUGUCCCAAAGCUGAUCCUCACUAGCCAUUGAUGAAACCUGAUUCAUUGAAACUUUUCCUGAUACAGUUGAUACGCCCCCUUGAGAAAGAGAAAGAAAGCAAAGCUAGCGGUGCGACCAGGUACCACUGAAAUUUUACUAUUGAGCAUGUGCUGACGUAAGCUGCAAAAUCUAAUAUGGCCACUGCUUUGAAAAAACUUUUCCGUUCUUCGGAACGAGGUGGAGAGGACCGAGAAAGAACUAGGCACGACAGUGGCUCCCCUACACACCCAACAUCUACUCGAAGAUUCCUGAAUCAUUGUGCAAGUCCACGAAGUUCCCGCCGUGAUUCCAAAGUCAGUCCAGCAGAUGGCGCAUCUGCAGCUAGAAAAGGACAUCGCAGCCAUUCGUCUAAUGGGUUCUUUAAGUCUAAGUCGUCUUCCAGUAGUAGUAAAGACAGCAGCAGCGCCCUCACCGAAACUGUAACGAAAAAUAGUCACGCCAUCAGAACGCGGAGGCUUAUGAAAGAAUUCCACGAGAUCUGCAAAACAUCUCAAAGUGUUAAAGAGCCCCCGUUUUCCGCCGAGUUAGUGGACGACAACUUGUACGAAUGGAACAUUAAGCUUUUCCAGAUUGAUCCAGAGUCUGCGUUUUAUAAGGACAUGCAAGAGACAGGGACGACAUACGUUCUUCUCAAUGUCACGUUUCCAGAUACUUUUCCAUUCGCCCCGCCUUUUAUGCGCGUUAUUUCCCCGCUCAUAGAGAAAGGUUUUGUAAUGGACGGCGGGGCAAUAUGUAUGGAACUCCUGACCCCACGUGGAUGGGCCAGUGCUUACACCGUGGAGGCUGUGAUCAUGCAGUUCUCCGCCAGUUUAGUAAAAGGGCAAGGACGAAUUCCUCGGAAGUGUAAGAUCGGGAAGGAAUUUAGUCGAAAAUUAGCAGAAGCGUCCUUUCGUAGUCUAGUAAAAACUCACGACAAGUACGGUUGGGUCACACCUCCUAUGUCAGACGGGUAGGAAGAAAAUUCGUCCCACGGCCUGGAAGAAGAUUGGUGUACUGUCGUUGCUGGCGUCCAACAUUCCCUAUUGUUUUGCAUUAGUGUCUUCUACGUGACAGUAGUGGAAAUGUGUUUCACUAGGUGGCGUAUUUAUUUCCAACGUCAUAAAAAAAUUCUCCAUCUUGUAGAAUUGUAACUCUUCAGACUGUACUGAGUCACCCAACAGAUAAAAAUUCAGAUGAAAAAUUAUAACAGGAGAGAAAGAGAGAGAAGAGGAAUUGUUAAACUGGUUCCGAGAGUAACAAUCUGGCCAGUAAGAGUCUUCCCAUUUACCAUAAUACUUAUUUUUUCACGUUGUGUCGUAUAGUGCAUAUCGCUACAUUAAAUAUCCAAAUAAGUGCAGUAUAUAUUUAUCAGAAAACACAGAAAGAACCUAUCUGGAAAAGACAGUAGAAAGAACAGAUGAUAAAACGUUAAAUAUUUGUUAAAAAAUCUCAAUCAUUACCAAAUACGUUGAUGAUAAAUUAAAUUUAUUUAAGAAUUAUCACGAUGUCCAAAAUACUUUUUAGUUACUUAACGCAUACACGGUUUUAAAAACAACAUGUGGAUAGAACCGUGAAAAUGAGGUGAAAGUGACAGAAGUUUGUACUGAAACCGCAAAAUAUGGAAUAAUCUGAAAUAUUAUAAAUGGUUGCCUAAAAUAAAAGAUCGUAACAGUAAUAGAUCAUAAGCGAUUCAUGGUUUUUAGUAUCAAUAUUCCUAUAACGUUUCGCCUCCCGAUUCAAAACAACGACUCAUUCUAGAUGCGUUUUCGAACUGUGGAGAUUUCUGAAAAGUCAUGUGACCUGAAAGAUACUUGCACGAUAGAUCAAUUACAAAACGAAUUUAAAAGAAUGUUUUUAGUUACCAUACGUUUUUGUGAUGAGAACAUUUCUUCAUAUUUCAAACAAACAAAAAAGUCACGUGUUUGUUCUAAAAGUGUAUUUCUAGAUAGUUUCAGAAUAAUGUGUACUUAGAUUUAAUUAAAUCUUUAAUUAAAUCUUUAAUUAAAUCUUUAGAUUGUUGUUCGAUGGCGUAUUAUAUAGGUAAAAAAAUAAAACAAAAUAUUAGUAGAAAGAUAUAAUGAUAAAACUAAUGUUAGAAUCAUUUUAAAACGACUGUGUGUGAGUAGAAAGUGACUUAUUAUUAUAAUCAAUAGAUAUUAACUAAUUAAAAGCAUAAAUGUUUAGGUCAAACAUUUUAGUGUCGAACAAAAUCGAGUUACUCGUACAAGUUACUCUGAAGCAUGUCACGUGAUUUCCAUCUAGCAUUGCGUCCAUUUCUCCAGAACCAGAGUAUUGAUUCUCAGUAUAUAUGUCUCUAAUUUUAACUAUUCUUAGAAUCAACAUCAAGAAAUGGUGUAUCUGUCGGUAAAUAUACUUGAUCCUAUUGUGUACUCAAGUUUUAGUGGCUUUAGAUGCAGGGCCGGGUUUAGACCCUUUGAGGCCUCCCAUGCGAUGGUGGAGGCCCCUUUCCUAGGGUGAUUCAAAACUGAGGCCUCCGUCAAAAUGCAUGGGUUGCAUCACCUCUAAAUCCGGUACUGUUUAAAUGUAAAAAUAUCAAUAACUUUGUUUGUAAAGUGAAUCAAAGCUGUACAAACACAUUGUUUGUUAUUUAUAAACAGAACGUUAUGUUUAAAUUAUUGAUAUUUGUGUCUAGAAAAAAAUUAUUCCUAUUCGUAAGGUCAAAUGUUUAUUUAAAAUCGCAACACUUGGUAAUUUAUUUAUUAUAAAAAAAUAAAAUAUACAUUUUUGGUGGAAUAACAAUAUAAGUCAAUGGCAUGAAGUAAAAUCAAUCUUAACUGGACAUUUUAUGUGCUUCUGUGACUAUUUAGUGUUGAAAUUUUGAGAGAAUGAAGUUAAAAUUUACUGUUCAAACUUUUAUCUCUUUCCAAAUGAUCCAGAUCGUUACUUUGAUUUAAUAAAGAAUCUUAAACACA